GAGAGAGAGAGAGAGAGAGAGAGAGAGAGAGAGAGAGAGAGAGAGAGAGAGAGAGGUGUUGUCUCUACAGGAGUGGCAGUGCUGCUGUUGGUGGUGACUUCAGUUCAAACAUGGCUGCACAGGACGAGCUCAACCAGUUGGAGCGUGUGUUUUUACGCUUGGGUCAUGCAGAAACAGACGAGCAGUUGCAGGAUAUUAUAUCCAAAUUCCUGCCUCCUGUCCUCCUCAAACUAUCCAGUGUGCAAGAGGGGGUUCGCAAGAAAGUUAUGGAGUUGCUGGUACACCUAAACAAAAGGAUAAAGAGUCGACCCAUGAUUCAGCUUCCUGUAGAGACACUGUUGGUUCAGUAUCAGGACCCUGCUGCUGCAUCUUUUGUCACGAACUUCACAAUCAUCUACAUUAAGAUGGGCUAUCCUAGGUUGGAGGUAUCCAAACAGUGUGAGCUUGCACCUACUCUACUCACCGCCAUGGAGGGCAAGCCUCAGCCUCAACAGGACAGUCUAAUGCACCUGCUGAUCCCUACACUGUAUCACAUGAAAUAUCCAUCAGAGCCAUCUAAAGCUUCCCCAUUUGUCCUGACGGAGAGGCCCAAAACUGUACAACUCCUCUUGGAGUUCAUGCUUGAUGUUCUUCUGAUGCCAUAUGGGUUUGUGUUAAAUGAGCCUCCAAGUCGUCCGGCUCCGUCAUCUCCACAAGGGGGAUCUGGAGCAGGAGCCACGUCAGCACAAGGUCUCCCUCAGCCUCCUCCAGGAAUGAGUGUUUAUGCAGUUAAAAGAAUCAUUGGAGAAGCUCAGUGGAGUCCCGAGCAACUGGAGCAGUGUAAAUUGGGAAUUGUGAAGUUCAUCGAGGCAGAGCAGGUGCCUGAGGUUGAAACAGUCAUUCACUUAGUUGUGGCUUCAAGUGACACCCGACACAGUGUCGCCACAGCGGCUGAUCUUGAACUGAAAAGCAAGCAGAGCAUUAUUGACUGGAACAAUCCACUCAUUAUCAACAAAAUGUAUAAAGUUUACCUGGGUGAUAUUCCACUCAAAACUAAAAAUGCCACAGUCAAACAGGAGCUAAAGCAUGAGCCAGUCAGCACUAGAGUCAAGAUGAAGAUCCUGCCUCAUUUUCUCCGCUCUAGACUGGCUGCUGAGUGCUUUCCCUCUAAUAUACAGGUUGUCUAUGAUGGACUUUUUGGAGCAAACACCAACAACAAACUUCUGUCCCUCACUCUGCAGUUUGUACAUCAUAUCUGUAUGGUGUGCCCUGAUACCAACAAACCUUUGGGUUUGAUGCUGCUGAAUGGACUUACCAAGCUUAUUAAUGAACAUAAAGAGGACCCCAAACUACUAUGUCUGGCCUAUUCUGCUGUUGGAAAACUUUCAAGUCGAAUGCCUCAGCUUUUCACAAAAGACAUUGCAUUGGUACAGCAGUUUUUUGAGUCCAUGUGCAAGAAACAGGAGGAUGCUGAUGUUCGAUUGGCCAUUCAAGAGGCCUUGUCGAUGAUGGUGGGAGCGUAUGCUAAUCUUCAGGGGGCACUUCUGAACCUAAUGGAAGCACUUGUGGCUGCAUAUAUCACAAAGCCGGAGGUACAGGUGCGCCAAGUAGCGAUGAAAUUUGCCAGCACCGUGUUUGCUCCUGAUCAUGUAGCCUCUAGAUAUCUCUUACUGCUUGCUGCAGGAGAUCCUCGUGAGGAGGUGUCUGGGGAGGCUCGGCGAGCACUUAGGUCUCUCCCCUCUACAAAGACCGAGAAAGAGGGAUCGAGGCCCAUGCCGUCAUUCCCUGAGAUGGUCAGCUACAUCCAAGAAAAGGCUGCACAGAGAUUGAAGACUCCUGCGAAAUACAUUGUUGGAGCUUCCACGUUGCCUUUUAAUCCUGCCACAUUUGGAGAGAUAGUUUUUUAUCUUAGAAUGUGUUUAGCUUAUAGUGCUGGUGCCACAUCCACAUCUCAGAGCCUGAUGGACAUGCAGGAUGAUGCUCCUCUUAUUGGACGUUAUGUUCAGUCGUUAUUGUCCAGUGAAGCUUCUUCUUCCUCAGCCACUAAAGGAGGGGAGGCCAGUUCAGUUCAUGUCUACAUGAACUUACUGCAACAGCUGCUGUCAGCUGUAGGAGGUAUCCCAGUGAUGUACAGUCUCUUGGAAGUGGUCUCUGUGUGCCCAGAGAAACUUACCCCCAACUUUAUAGACAAAAUCGACUGGAUUAAAGGUCUCAUGAAUACUAAUAAAGAAGACAUGCGUGAACUGGCAGCACAACUUUAUGCCGUAGUUGUCUCUACUAUGUCUGGAAAUGAACUUAGAACUGCUGUACAAAACCUGAUUAAGACAACUAAAGACACACAUAGUCCUGAGACUCAGCAUGGUGCCAUCUUGGCUCUGGGCUACAUGGUGGGCAGAUACAUGAAUAAGAGGCGGAGCCUAAUGCCUACUGAGCCCACGCCCAAAGAAAAUGACGAACUAAUUGCUAUGGCCACAAAAACCAUCGGUUUGUUUUUGGAUAGCGAAUCUCCUCUGUUGACUGUUGCUGCUGUGACAGCACUGGGAGAGAUUGGGCGUAACAGUGCGUUGCUGAUACCAGCGGAUGGAAAUGGCUUCACUAAACUCAGUCUAGUGGAUAACCUGCUUGCCAGAAUCCCAUCUGGAAAAGAGACUGGCAAGAUGAAAGAACGGGCCGUCCAGACUCUUGGGUUCCUGCCAGUGGGAGAUGGUGAAUUCCCACACCAGAAGAAAAUCCUGCAGGGCCUCAUGGAUUCGGUAGAGGCCAAGCAGGUGGAGCUACAGUUUACUGUGGGAGAGGCUUUAACUAAUGCUGCUAUAGGAAGCUGCUCUGGAGCUGCCCGAGAUGUGUGGACAUGCACAGAAGAGCAGUACUGCCCUCCUGACAAUGUGAAGAAUAAUGAUAUAGUGCCCUGGGUGUUGAGCUCUGUCUUGUCAAAGUAUAUACCAAGUCCAAACCCUCAUGUUCGGCAGGCUGCCUGCAUAUGGCUCCUGUCUCUAGUCAAGAAACUCAGCCAUCACAAAGAAAUCCAGUCUCAUCUGAAGGAGAUACAGACAGCCUUUAUUUCUGUCUUGUCUGAUCCAGAUGAACUCAGCCAAGAUGUGGCGUCUAAAGGACUCGGGCUGGUUUAUGAGCUGGGAGGAGAACAGGAUCAACAGGAAUUGGUAUCGACCCUUGUGGAAACACUCAUGACUGGUAAAAGAGCCAAACAUGCCGUCUCAGAGGACACUGAAGUCUUCCAGGGGGAGGCACUUGGCAAAUCACCUGAUGGACAAGGACUCUCCACCUACAAGGAGCUCUGUGCAUUGGCUAGUGAUCUAAACCAACCAGAUCUUGUUUACAAGUUCAUGAAUCUUGCCAAUCACCAUGCCAUGUGGAAUUCCAGGAAGGGAGCAGCAUUUGGGUUUAACAUUAUUGCAGCCAAAGCAGGUGAGCAGCUGGCUCCUUUCCUGCCUCAGCUGGUUCCCCGUCUCUAUAGAUACCAGUUUGACCCCAACCUGGCCAUUAGACAGGCCAUGACUAGCAUCUGGGAUGCUCUCGUCACAGAUAAAACCAUUGUGGAGAAAUAUUUUAAGGAAAUUCUUCAAGAUGUAAUUUCCAACCUCACUAGUAAUAUGUGGAGGGUGCGGGAGUCAAGCUGCUUGGCUUUGAAUGAUCUGAUUCGUGGAAGACAGGCAGAUGAAAUCCUUGAGCGCUUGUCAGAAAUCUGGGAGACUCUGUUUCGGGUUCUGGAUGAUAUAAAGGAGUCAGUCCGUAAGGCAGCAGAUCUGACUCUAAAGACUCUCAGUAAAGUGUGUGUGCGCAUGUGUGAAUCAACAGGUGCUGCUGCUCAGAGGACAGUGGCUGUGUUGUUGCCAACUCUACUGGACAAAGGCAUUGUCAGCAAUGUAACCGAAGUGCGCACUCUCAGUAUCCAAACUCUAGUGAAGAUCAGUAAGACCGCAGGCAGCCGUCUAAAGCCCCAUGCUCCUCGACUCAUCCCGGCUCUGCUGGAGGCCCUGAGCGUGCUGGAACCACAGGUGCUCAACUACCUCAGUCUGAGAGCCACAGAGCAGGAGAAGAGUGCAAUGGAUGCUGCAAGGUUAAGUGCAGCCAAGUCUUCUCCUAUGAUGGAAACCAUUAAUAUGUGUCUGCAACACUUGGAUGUGUCUGUGUUAGGAGAGCUUGUUCCAAAACUUUGUGAGCUACUAAAGAGUGGAAUCGGACUAGGAACCAAGGGAGGAUGUGCCAGUGUGAUUGUGUCCUUGACAGUACAGUGCCCUCAAGAUCUUACACCAUAUUCAGGUAAACUCAUGAGUUCACUCCUAAAUGGGAUUAAUGACCGUAGUAGCGUCAUUCAGAAGUCAUUUGCCUUUGCCAUUGGACAUCUGGUCAGGACGGCCAAAGACGGCAGUGUUGAGAAGCUUCUGCAGAAACUGAGCACCUGGUACCUGGAAAAAGAGGAGGCACUGUACAAGUCCUCAUGUUGUCUGGUGGUUCAUGCCAUCAGUCACUACAGUCCUGAUGUGUUGAAGGCUCAUGCUGGAGUGGCUCUGCCGCUGGCGUUUCUGGGCAUGCAUCAGGAGCCUGAGGAAGAGAAAGGAGAAAGUGCUGAGGCCAACCUGUGGUCUGAGGUCUGGCAGGAACAUGUACCCGGCAGCUUUGGUGGAAUCCGGUUGUACAUGACUGAGCUCAUAGCCGUUACUCAGAGGGCUCUGCAGUCUCAGUCCUGGAAGAUGAAGGCUCAGGGUGCCUCUGCCAUGGCAACUAUUGCUAAGCAACAAACAGGCUCACUGGUGGCCCCUCACCUGGGCAUGGUGUUGAGUGCACUGCUGCAGGGGCUCGCAGGACGCACCUGGGCUGGGAAGGAAGAGCUGUUGAAAGCUGUUGGAUCUGUAGUGUCUAAAUGCAG